AUGGCCGCGCUGUAUGAGGGCUACACGUUGUGUGGGCUUGUUCCAUCUCCGAAUCUGUCAAAUUCUGGAAUUCAGGGCAUUGAAGUGGAGAGGGAUGGUGAUCAUGUAAUCGUCACUGACUCAUUCAGAUCUGUUACUCUUUACAAGGUUUCUGAUCAAAAGCCACUGGGAAGCUGGACUGUGAAACAAGGCAACUGUUUGACAUGUCCAGCAGUCUAUAACACACAAACUAAAGAAUAUGUGGCAGUAACAGACAACAAGGUGAUCAGAAUCUGGAAGGAAGAUGACGUUCUUAUAGAUAAGACGUUCAAAGCGACUGUGUCGUCAGAUAUCUGGAAGAUCCACUGUGUUGCGGGAGGAGAUCCUGUGGUCUUGUUUCAGAGAGGAUCGUUCAGACUUCUUGAUUCUCUUCUCUCGGCUCCGCAGCAAACUGUCGAAGAAGUUUUGGCUUCUGAUGAAACCUUAAGGUGGAGUACAAGCAUAUUGGCAGAAAACCAGCAGUUUGUCAUCUUUACAACAGAACAGAAAGGGGAUCAUUUCCUGUACCUCCAGAAACUGAAGCCAAACACACUGCAGAGGUACAAGUUGGAGCAAGAAGAUCCCAGCCUCGCUCCUCUCAGCUUCUCAGUGUCCUGCAGAGAUAAACUCAUCCAUUUACUUUACCUCUACCCCAAUGGACAUGUGUACCAAAGUGUGAUAUCUGUGUGGGGCCCAAGAUUAGAUGAGGGGUCCCAAAACAUUUCACUCCCCCGAAACCUGCUACUAGCUCUUAAUGUUGGCGAGGGCCAGCUGGAUGCAGCUUCUGCCCUGCUGCUAGAUGAAGCUCAUGUUGCUAUUAUUGGCGUUCCGCACCCCUCAGCUGGAGCUGGUAAAGACUUCCUCUGCAUCUGGAAUACUAAUUUCCAGACACUUCAGGCAGGGAAAGAAAUGGCGGGUAAAAUCUUCGGACUGAUAUGGUGUUACUCCAACAAGUUAUUCAUUCCACAUGGCAAAACCCUGUCUGUUAUUCCAUAUGGAUGUACCAAAUCUUCACUUGCUUCUGCUUUGGGCAAACUGAAGCAGUCCAGGACUGAAGAAUCCAAACCUCUCAUGUCAGUGCCCUCUUGGAGCAACAUAUUACAUGAAGAGAAAAUUCAUCCCUCAAGAACAGUAGAAACCAGGAAAUUGAGAACUAAACGCAAGAACCAGGCGUCACCCAGUUUAACAGUUGAGCAGGUUCUGGAGCUCAUCAAGACUGCGUCAGUAGAGGAGGUGCAGAAAGAAGUAGAAGGCCUCUUUUCUAGGACAGACAUCCAGGACCUGAACCAAUCUGUGGGACAGCUGGCAUCAGUGCUGGUGUCCCGCUGCUUGGCUGAUACUGCCUUCUAUCCGCCGACAACGCUGGCACAGCUUGUACACACCCAGUCUCUCAGCCACAGCGUCUGCCCUGAGUUUGUGCAGCUGGCCCUGGAAAAGAAAGAUUACUUCCUGUGUCAGCUCUGCUUACAGUUCUUCCCUGACAUCCCAGAAAAUGUUACCUGCACCUGCCUGAAGGUCUUCAUUAGCAUGCAAGACAACGAUGCGGCGAAAGUCAAUCUGGAGCCAGACAGCGUCUCAUUCAUGGAAACUCUGACUGCCAAGGGACGCGGUCAGGUUGGCUUGCAGAACGGUUUCAACUCCACUUCCUCUCCAGAGGACCAUUCAGUUGUAACAAUGACAGAAUUGGAAGAGGAGAAGAGGGCAAAAUGGCCUGACCAAAGUUGCCCUGUGGGCUUAAAGAAAGCUGCUUUACUAAAUGAGAUUCUGCAAACUGCGUACAGUGAUGACCUUCUUCUACCGCAUUUGAAAGACCUUUCAUCUCAACACGUUAUUCUUUUCCUCCAGUAUCUGCACUUCCUCUACUUAAAGUAUAAUCAAGAUACUUUCCCUCAGAGUCAUGGCUAUCGAUCACCAAGCUUGACACAGAUUAUGGAUUGGGUUUGCUUGCUGUUGGAUGCUCAUUUCACAGUUCUGGUCAUGACUCCAGAAGCCAAAGGUCUACUGCUAAAACUCCACACCUAUAUUAGGUCACAGGUUAAACUAUUUUCUGAACUUGGAAAACUGGAGGGAGGUCUCCAAGAGCUCCAACAAAUGAAGACGAAACAAGAUGUGGCACAGUAUUCUAUUGAAGUUAUAGAGCUUUUUUAG